AUGAGUCCUGCGGAUGCCCUUGAUGAUGAAAAUACAUUUAAAAUCUUGGUUGCAACCGAUAUUCAUCUGGGUUUUAUGGAAAAAGAUGCUGUGAGAGGAAAUGAUACAUUUGUAACACUUGAUGAAAUUUUAAGACUUGCCCAGGAAAAUGAUGUGGAUUUUAUUUUGUUAGGUGGUGAUCUCUUUCAUGAAAAUAAACCUUCAAGAAAAACAUUGCAUGCCUGCCUCGAGUUAUUAAGAAAAUAUUGUAUGGGGGAUCGUCCUGUACAGUUUGAAAUUCUCAGCGACCAGUCAGUUAACUUUGGUUUUAGUAAGUUUCCAUGGGUGAACUACCAAGAUGGCAAUCUCAACAUUUCAAUUCCAGUGUUUAGUAUUCAUGGCAAUCAUGAUGAUCCCACAGGGGCAGAUGCACUCUGCGCCCUGGAUAUUUUAAGUUGUGCUGGAUUUGUCAAUCACUUUGGACGUUCAAUGUCUGUGGAGAAGAUAGACAUUAGUCCAGUUUUGCUUCAAAAAGGAAGCACAAAAAUUGCUCUAUAUGGCUUAGGAUCCAUUCCAGAUGAAAGGCUCUAUCAAAUGUUUGUCAACAAAAAAGUAACAAUGUUGAGACCGAAAGAAGAUGAGAACUCUUGGUUUAACUUAUUUGUGAUUCAUCAGAACAGGAGUAAACACGGAAGUACCAACUUCAUUCCAGAGCAGUUUUUGGAUGACUUCAUCGAUCUUGUUAUCUGGGGCCAUGAACAUGAGUGUAAAAUAGCUCCAACCAAAAAUGAACAACAGCUCUUCUACGUGUCACAGCCUGGAAGUUCAGUGGUCACUUCUCUUUCCCCAGGAGAAGCUGUAAAGAAACACAUUGGUUUGCUGCGUAUUAAAGGAAGGAAGAUGAAUAUGCAGAAAAUUCCUCUCCGCACAGUGAGGCAGUUUUUCAUGGAUGAUGUUGUUCUGGCUGAUCAUCCAGACAUUUUUAACCCAGAUAAUCCUAAAGUAACCCAAGUCAUACAGAACUUCUGCUUGGAGAAGGUUGAAGAAAUGCUUGAAAAUGCAGAACGGGAACGUCUGGGAAAUUCUCGACAGCCAGAGAAACCUCUUAUACGACUGCGAGUGGACUAUAGUGGAGGCUUUGAACCGUUCAGUGUUCUUCGCUUUAGCCAGAAAUUUGUGGAUCGGGUAGCUAAUCCAAAAGAUGUUAUCCAUUUUUUCAGGCACAGAGAACAAAAGGAAAACACGGGAGAAGAGAUCAACUUUGGCAAGUUCAUCUCAAAACCCUCAGAAGGAACAACACUUAGGGUUGAAGACCUUGUAAAACAGUAUUUUCAAACUGCAGAGAAGAACGUACAGCUCUCACUUCUAACAGAAAGGGGAAUGGGUGAAGCAGUACAAGAAUUUGUGGACAAGGAAGAAAAAGAUGCCAUAGAGGAAUUAGUGAAAUAUCAGUUGGAAAAAACACAGCGAUUUCUUAAAGAACGUCAUAUUGAUGCCCUAGAAGAUAAAAUCGAUGAAGAGGUACGUCGUUUCAGAGAAAGCAGACAAAAUAAUACGAAUGAAGAAGAUGAUGAAGUUCGAGAGGCCAUGAGUAGGGCCAGAGCCCUCAGAUCUCAGUCAGAGGACGCUGCUUCCGCCUUGACUGCUGAAGACCUUAUGAGUAUAGAUUUGGCAGAACAGAUGGCUGAUGACUCUGACGAUAGCAUCAUAGCAGCAGCCAACAAAGGAAGAGGCCGGGGAAGAGGCCAAAGAGGAGGAAGAGGGCAGAAUUCAGUGUCGAGAAGGGGGUCACAGAGAGGAAGAGCAGGCACUAGUCUGGAGAUUUCUACUCAAGGCAGAGGUUCAAAGGCCACUACAUCAACGUCUAGAAAUAUGUCUAUUAUAGAUGCCUUUAAAUCUACAAGACAGCAGCCCUCCCGAAAUGUUGCUACUAAAAAUUAUACCAAGGUGAUUGAGGUGGAUGAGUCAGAUACCGAAGAAGACAUUUUUCUGACCACUUUCAAAACUGAUCAAAGAGGCUCGAGCACUUCAUCAUCAAGCAAACCCAUGUCCCAGAGCCAGAUCGCCAAAGGGGUCGACUUUGAAUCAGAUGAGGACGAUGACGAUCCUUUUAUGAACCUUAGUUGUUUAAGAAGAAACAGAAGAUAA